GCUGGAGUAUCGUCACAUCGCCCCACUCUCUGGUGUUUCAAGCCUCUGACGGGGAGCUGUGACCUCAUCAUGAUGUGAUUCUUUUUCUCUCCUCCUCAUCCGAUGCGGACACAUGGAUGUCUCCUUCGCUCCAGUCAUUUACUGAGCACUUUGCUUCAACUGGUCAGCAUUGCGUGUCGCUUUAUCUCCACCGUGGUUGCAGCCUGUGCGUGUCGCGGGGCCAUGGCGCAGCAGGAGGGGGCUCCCAAGAAGCACCCGGCAAUAGCGGCGCUGCACUCCCACUUCAUGGUGGGGUCGGUGUCGGAGGAGAAUUCAGAGGAUGAAAUCCAAGGGAAGCCGGAUGUGCAGCUGGAGGAGAAGGAGGGGGGGCGUUCCUCAUCGCCGUCGUCCGGUAGCUCCGACAGCAUGUAUGACAUGAGCUUUGAGCACGUUGACGCCGCCGUGCACAAUCUAAGGCCAAGCAUGUCUGGGCUGCACCUGAUGAAGCGAGGUCGAGAUCGCCGGCGUAUCGACCUGCAGAGGGACUUCACCGUGGCGUCCCCUGCGGAGUUUGUCACCCGUUUCGGUGGCAACAAGGUCAUCGAGAAGGUGCUCAUCGCCAACAACGGCAUCGCGGCAGUCAAGUGCAUGCGCUCCAUUCGCCGCUGGGCUUACGAGAUGUUUCGGAACGAGCGGGCCAUCCGCUUUGUGGUGAUGGUGACCCCGGAGGACCUGAAGGCCAACGCCGAGUACAUCAAAAUGGCGGACCAUUACGUGCCCGUGCCAGGAGGAACCAACAACAACAACUACGCCAAUGUGGAGCUGAUACUGGACAUCGCUAAACGAAUACCUGUCCAGGCCGUGUGGGCCGGAUGGGGUCAUGCCUCAGAGAACCCCAAACUCCCAGAGCUGCUCCAUAAGCACGGCAUCGCUUUCAUGGGUCCUCCCAGUCAGGCCAUGUGGGCACUCGGAGAUAAGAUAGCCUCCUCCAUCGUGGCUCAGACAGCUGGCAUCCCAACCUUGCCAUGGAGUGGUACCGGCCUGACAGUGGAGUGGUCUGAGAGCAACCAAAAGAAACGAGUGGUCAACGUUCCCCAUGACUUGUACGAGCUCGGUUGCAUCCAGGACGUGAAGGACGGCCUGAAAGCUUCGGAGAAGAUUGGCUACCCGGUGAUGGUGAAAGCCUCAGAGGGAGGGGGCGGUAAAGGCAUCCGAAAGGUCAACUCCGCUGAUGAUUUCCCCAACCUGUUCAGACAGGUCCAAGCAGAGGUUCCGGGUUCCCCCGUGUUUGUCAUGCAGCUCGCCAAGCACGCACGCCACUUGGAGGUCCAGAUCUUGGCCGAUCAGUACGGGAACGCCAUUUCCUUGUUCGGCAGAGACUGUUCUGUGCAGCGCCGGCAUCAGAAGAUUAUCGAGGAGGCGCCUGCUACCAUCGCCACGUCCGACGUCUUUGAGGAUAUGGAAAGGUGUGCAGUGAAGCUGGCCAAGAUGGUUGGCUACGUGAGUGCGGGCACGGUGGAGUACCUCUAUAGCCAAGAUGGGAGCUUCUACUUCCUGGAGCUCAACCCCCGUCUGCAGGUGGAGCACCCGUGCACGGAGAUGGUGGCCGAUGUCAACUUGCCAGCCGCACAGCUGCAGAUUGCAAUGGGCAUCCCCCUUUACAGAAUCAAAGACAUCAGGAUGCUUUACGGGGAGCAGCCCUGGGGGGACUCUCUCAUCGACUUUGAGGGCCUGUCGACGGCCCCCUCCCCACGGGGUCACGUCAUUGCGGCCCGCAUCACAAGUGAAAAUCCAGACGAGGGUUUUAAGCCGAGCUCAGGAACCGUGCAGGAGCUGAACUUCCGCAGCAAUAAGAACGUGUGGGGCUACUUUAGCGUCGCCGCCGCUGGUGGCUUGCACGAGUUUGCCGACUCCCAGUUUGGACACUGUUUUUCUUGGGGAGAGAAUCGCGAGGAGGCCAUCUCUAACAUGGUGGUGGCUCUGAAGGAGUUGUCCAUCAGAGGAGACUUCAGGACCACAGUAGAAUACCUCAUCAAGUUGCUGGAAACAGAAAGCUUUCAGCAUAACAGCAUUGAUACGGGAUGGCUGGAUCGGCUCAUCUCUGAGAAGAUGCAGGCGGAACGUCCGGACACCAUGCUGGGAAUUGUGAGUGGAGCGCUACACGUGGCCGAUGUUAAUCUACGCAACAGCGUGUCCAUUUUCCUGCAUUCUCUGGAGCGGGGGCAGGUGCUACCAGCGCACACGCUGCUCAACACCGUCGACGUAGAGCUGAUCUAUGAAGGCAUCAAGUACGCCUUGACCGUGACACGCCAGUCUCCCAACUCCUACGUGGUCAUCAUGAACAACUCCACAGCCGAGGUGGACGUCCAUCGGCUAAGUGACGGGGGUUUGCUGCUGUCCUAUGACGGCAGCAGCUACACCACCUACAUGAAGGAGGAGGUGGACAGGUACCGCAUCACCAUCGGGAACAAAACGUGUGUUUUUGAAAAAGAAAACGACCCCUCGCUGCUGAGAUCUCCCUCGGCGGGAAAAAUCAUCCAGUACACGGUGGAGGACGGGGGCCACGUGUUUGCUGGCCAGUGCUACGCCGAGAUAGAGGUGAUGAAGAUGGUGAUGACCCUCACGGCGGCGGAGUCCGGCUGUAUUCACUACGUGAAAAGGACGGGAGCGGUGCUGGAGCCCGGCUGUGUCAUUGCUAAACUUCAGCUCGAUGACCCCACCAGAGUGCAGCAGGCAGAGCUGUACACCGGGUCCUUGCCUUCGACCCAAGCCGUCGCCCUUCGGGGGGAGAAACUACACAGAGUUUUCCACAACACGCUGGACCACCUCGUUCACGUCAUGAAUGGCUACUGUCUCCCCGAGCCCUUCUUCAGCACCAAGCUGAAAGAAUGGGUGGAAAGGCUGAUGAAAACCAUGCGUGAUCCCUCCCUGCCGCUGCUGGAGCUCCAGGACAUCAUGACCAGUGUGUCAGGGCGCAUCCCCCCUGCUGUGGAGAAAGCCAUCAAGAAGGAGAUGGCUCAAUAUGCCAGCAACAUCACCUCAGUACUCUGCCAGUUCCCAAGCCAGCAGAUUGCAAACAUCUUGGACAGCCACGCUGCAACCCUGAACAAGAAAUCAGAGAGAGAAGUCUUCUUCAUGAACACGCAAAGCAUUGUUCAGCUGGUGCAGAAGUAUCGCAGUGGCAUCCGUGGUUACAUGAAGGCGGUGGUCAUCGACUUGCUCCGGCAGUACCUGAAAGUAGAGAUCCAGUUUCAGAACGGUCACUAUGACAAGUGUGUGUUUACACUGCGGGAAGAAAACAAAGGCGACAUGGCAAACGUGCUCAACUACAUCUUCUCCCACGCCCAAGUCACCAAGAAGAACUCACUGGUUACAAUGCUGAUCGACCAGUUGUGUGGCCGUGAUCCCACGCUGACGGAGGAGCUGAUGGCCAUGUUGACCGAGUUCACCCAGCUCAGCAAGACAACCAAUGCCAAGGUGGCGCUGCGUGCGCGGCAGGUGUUGAUUGCGUCUCACCUGCCCUCCUACGAGCUCCGUCACAACCAGGUGGAGUCCAUCUUCCUGUCCGCCAUUGACAUGUACGGACACCAGUUCUGCAUCGAGAACCUGCAGAAACUCAUCCUUUCCGAAACAUCCAUCUUCGAUGUCCUGCCCAACUUCUUCUACCACAGUAAUCAGGUUGUGCGAAUGGCCGCCCUUGAGGUUUACGUGCGGCGAGCGUACAUCGCUUACGAGCUCAACAGCGUGCAACAUCGGCAGCUGAAGGACAACACGUGCAUCGUGGAGUUCCAGUUCAUGCUCCCCACCUCGCACCCAAACAGAGGGAACAUCCCCACUCUCAACAGGAAAAUGUCUGCUCCUUCAGUCCUGGACAUUACAAAAGCCAAUAAUUCCUCACAUUUGGAGUCUCUGGACAGGUUUGACCCCAAACCUCUAAAGUCAUUUCAGAUGUCCUUCUCAUCAAACCUCAACCACUACGGCAUGGUGCACAUGGCCAGCGUGAAUGAUGUUUUGCUGGACACAUCCUUCACGCCGCCCUGCCAGAGGAUGGGCGCCAUGGUCUCCUUCCGCUCCUUCCAGGAGUUCACAAAGAACAUCACGGAUGUGUUGAGCUGCUUCACAGACUCUCCUCCCCCAAGUCCAACAUUUCCGGAGGGAGGGAACCCCGUCCUGUACGGCGAAGAGGACAACAAGAGCAGCCAAGAUGAACCCAUCCACAUACUCAACGUGGCCAUAAAGACAGACAGCGACAUGGAUGAUGACGGCCUGGCAGCCAUGUUUCGGGAGUUCACCCAGUCAAAGAAAAGCCUGCUGUUUGAACACGGAAUCCGUCGCUUGACUUUCCUUGUGGCUCAGAAGGAUUUCAGGAAGCAAAUCAACUGUGAGGUGGACCAAAGGUUUCACAGGGAAUUCCCCAAGUUUUUCACAUUCCGCGCCAGAGACAAGUUUGUGGAAGACCGGAUCUACCGCCACCUGGAGCCGGCUUUGGCCUUUCAGCUGGAGCUCAAUCGCAUGCGCAAUUUUGCCCUGACGGCCAUUCCGUGUGCCAACCACAAGAUGCACCUCUACCUGGGCGCCGCCCGCGUGGAAGUGGGAGCGGAAGUUACAGACUACCGCUUCUUUGUGCGAGCCAUCAUCCGUCAUUCCGAUCUAGUAACUAAGGAGGCCUCUUUUGAGUACCUUCACAACGAGGCUGAGAGAUUGCUUCUGGAGGCCAUGGAUGAGCUGGAGGUGGCUUUCAACAACACAACUGUAAGAACUGACUGCAACCACAUCUUCCUCAAUUUUGUACCCACAGUCAUCAUGGACCCUUCAAAGAUUGAGGAGUCCGUGCGCUCCAUGGUGAUGCGUUACGGCAGCCGUCUGUGGAAGCUGCGCGUCCUGCAGGCCGAGCUGAAAAUCAACAUCCGCCUGACUCCCACAGGAAAGCAAAUCCCCAUCCGGCUGUUCCUCACCAAUGAAUCGGGCUACUACCUGGACAUCAGCCUCUACAAGGAGGUCACUGACUCCCGAACGGGACAGGUGGGGCCCAAAGACCGCCAGAUCAUGUUCCAGGCCUAUGGAGACAAGCAGGGUCCGUUGCAUGGCAUGCUCAUCAACACACCCUACGUCACCAAGGACCUGCUGCAGUCAAAACGCUUUCAGGCACAAUCUCUGGGCACCACCUACGUCUAUGACUUCCCAGAGAUGUUCAGACAGGCUUUGAAAAAGCAGUGGCACUCCAGCCAAACCCACACUUAUGUGCCUAAAUGCCCUCUCCCCUCUGAGCUGCUGACCUUCACCGAGUUGGUCCUUGACGCUCAAGGUCAGCUGGUGCAAAUGAACCGACUGCCGGGCGGCAACGAGAUCGGCAUGGUGGCAUGGCGGAUGACCCUCCGUACGCCGGAAUACCCGGCAGGACGCGAGAUCAUCGUCAUCAGCAACGACAUCACACACAAGAUCGGCUCGUUCGGGCCCCAGGAGGACGUGCUGUUCCUGCGAGCCUCGGAGAUGGCGCGGGAGAGCGGCAUCCCGCGGAUCUACAUCGCAGCCAACAGCGGCGCUCGCAUCGGCCUGGCGGAGGAAAUCCGACACAUGUUCCACGUGGCCUGGCAAGACCCGGACGACCCCUACAAGGGUUUCAAGUAUCUCUACCUCACACCUCAGGAUUAUAAGAAGGUCUCAGCCCUGAACUCUGUGCACUGUGAACAUGUGGAGGACAAGGGGGAAUCCAGGUACAAGAUCACCGACAUCAUCGGGAAGGACGAGGGUCUGGGUGUGGAGAAUCUGAAAGGGUCUGGCAUGAUUGCUGGAGAAUCCUCCCUGGCUUACGAGGAGAUCAUCACCAUGAACCUGGUAACGUGCCGAGCCAUCGGGAUCGGAGCCUAUCUGGUGAGACUUGGACAGAGAACCAUCCAAGUGGACAACUCGCACAUCAUUCUCACUGGAGCCGGAGCACUCAACAAGGUGCUGGGCAGAGAAGUUUACACAUCAAACAACCAACUUGGUGGAAUUCAAAUCAUGCACAACAACGGUGUGACCCAUAGUACGGUUUGCGAUGACUUUGAGGGAGUCUUCACCCUCCUGCAGUGGCUGUCUUACAUGCCCAAGUGCAAAUUUAGCCCGGUGCCCAUUGUGAGUGCCAAGGAUCCCAUCGAUCGACCUGUUGAAUUUGUGCCAACGAAGGCGCCCUAUGACCCUCGUUGGAUGUUAGCGGGGCGCCCCAGCCAGAGUCCAAAAGGCUCCUGGCAGAGUGGAUUCUUCGACCACGGCUCCUUCAUGGAGAUGAUGCAGCCGUGGGCUCAGAGUGUGGUGGUCGGCAGAGCACGGCUGGGUGGGAUCCCUACCGGGGUGGUUGCCGUGGAAACAAGGUCAGUGGAGCUGUCAAUCCCAGCUGAUCCGGCCAAUUUGGACUCAGAGGCCAAGAGCAUCCAACAGGCAGGCCAGGUGUGGUUCCCCGAUUCUGCUUUCAAAACCGCGCAGGCUAUUAAGGAUCUGAACAGAGAGGGGCUUCCCCUCUUUGUGUUUGCCAACUGGAGGGGUUUUUCUGGAGGAAUGAAAGACAUGUACGACCAGGUGCUGAAGUUCGGGGCCUACAUUGUGGACGGGCUGCGGGAGUACAAGCAGCCUGUCCUGGUUUACAUCCCCCCGCAGGCCGAGCUGAGGGGGGGCUCCUGGGUGGUCAUAGAUCCCACCAUCAACCCUCGUCACAUGGAGAUGUACGCCGACAAGGACAGCCGAGGCGGCGUGUUGGAGCCUGAGGGCACGGUGGAGAUCAAGUUUAGAAGGAAGGACCUGGUGAAGACCAUGAGACGAGUAGAUCCAGUCUACUCAAGCUUGGCUGAAAGAUUGGGAACUCCCGAGUUGAGCCCCGCUGAUCGUAAAGAGCUGGAGACCAAGCUGAAAGAGCGGGAAGAGUUUCUGCUGCCGAUCUACCACCAGGUGGCCGUGCAGUUUGCAGACCUCCACGACACCCCCGGCCGCAUGCAGGAGAAGGGCGUCAUCACGGAUAUCCUGGAGUGGCAGACGUCCCGUAGUUUCUUCUACUGGCGUCUGCGGCGCCUCCUACUGGAAGACACGGUCAAGCGGAAGAUCCAAGAAGCUAACAGCGAGCUGACGGACGGGCAGAUCCAGGCAAUGCUGCGCCGUUGGUUUGUUGAGGCGGAAGGCGCCGUCAAGGCGUAUCUGUGGGACAACAACGAAGAGGUGGUGGGGUGGCUGGAGAGGCAGCUCACCGAAGACGAGGGCGCCAGGUCCGUCAUCGACGAGAACAUCAAGUACAUUCGCCGGGAUCACAUCCUCAAGCAGAUCCGCAGCCUGGUGCAAGCCAACCCGGAGGUGGCCAUGGACUCCAUCGUGCACAUGACCCAGCACAUCUCACCCACGCAGAGAGCCGAGGUGGUGCGGAUUUUGUCGACGAUGGAGACGUCCGCCUCCUCGUAGCGCUCGGGCCAAUCAGAGUAGAAGGUGAGGGUGGGAGGAGCCAACGUGACGGCGCCCACCAGGGUACUCAUGAAUCGUUGGUUGUGAUCCUCAGAUAGCUGACUACUUCUUUUUUUCCAAGUCGUCUACGGCCCUUUUACCAGUUUUCAUACAUGAGCAUAUUUUCUAUUGCAAAGAAGUGGUGACCAACUUCACGUCAUAAAGGGGCAGCGCGGCUCAAGGUCUCCCAGCCUGACGGUUGCUGGGUCGAUCCUCCGUCCCCCCGAGACCACCGUGUGGAAGUAUCCUUGGGCAAGAUACUGAAACCCCCCAUUGCUCCUGAUGCCGCAUCAUGAGUGGGUAACCCCGCUAACCGUGUCAAACAUGAAUGUUUCGUUAUUACCAAAGCUUCUUUUAGACACGCAAUUUAAGUAACUGAAUUUUUUGCAGUCGAAUUUUGUGAAUUGCAUUUUUUUUUUCAAGAUUUUAUAAUGAAAAUUUCAGUGAAUAACAAAAUUGUACGCAAAAUGUGUGUUCACUUUAUUGAAAUACAAAGUUUAAAAAAUCAUUUUGCCAAGAUAGUGUUUUAAAAUUCACUUAAAAAACGCAGUGCAUAUAAAUUUGAUGUUUCCAAACUGACAUAUGUACACCUCCGGGAAAUGAAGCCUCAAUCUGUUGAUGGAGUCUCUGAAUAGUCAGCCAAUCAGGUAUAAAGUGCAUAGUCACGUGACACGGGCCAAGUACAGUCUAAGUGUACAGUAUGUGUGAGUUGGAGCAUCAAAAUUAUUUUCACUUUUUUUGCACUCACUGAAUAUCUCUAAACUCAAUUUUAAUGAAGUGAGUUUUAAAACACCAAAUGUUAAACUGAUUUUUUAAACGCUUAUGAAAUUUCAUUCAAGGAAAUGUUUAGCAUAAUUUGAUGACAACAAUGAAAUGCAAUAAAUUCAGUUACAUAAAUUCAGUCUAAAAAAAUGUUUGCUAAUAAAGGAACGUAUGAGCCGUCACAGUCAAAGCGCUUUGAUUACUUUGAAGACAGCAAAGUGGCUAUCGGCAUCAUGGCGUCACACCGAUAAAAAUACCUCUGAUAACCGAUUUAAAAAUAAAAAAAUAAAAAAGGCUCCAGUGAGGUGAGAUUACCCGUUACUGUGCAGGUGAGCAAAUCAAGCGCUCCCUUUUUCUCCUGCCUGUGACGGUAGCGGCCUGUCGUAACUUCCCCUGAUAUGAUAUCGUGCAUCUCUACUGACAACGUAGUUCUGAAGCCUUGGUGAGAAAGUCUUUCAAACUGCCAACAUGGGUGGACUUAGGCACUGAGCAGAGAAAAAGAUAAAAAUAAAUAAGAGGGGGACAGUAUGGAACACAUUUGGACAGAAGAGCCCAGCAGGGAGCACAAAAGGAGCCUUUUAAGACCCCGCCUGCUUCCCGGCUCCCCUGCAGUGAACACAAAACUACAGCUGUCUCGUCUGUUCAGACUUGACGCUGCUCCAGAUGCACUUUAUUCCGCUUCUUUGCUGUUCACAUUGCAAACGCAACCAAACUGCCACAGCUCGCUCGCUCUGUGUCGAUGCAUUUAUAUUAGCUUUCAUUCUUGUCUGUUGUUGCUUCCCCCCCCCCCCCCCCCCCCCCCAAAAUAAUGUAGAAUACAACAAAAAAAUAUAUGUGUAUAUCUAACAAUAAAAAAAGCAUACAUACAUGUUUUUUUAUCAUAGGAACAUAUUUUGUAAUACAUGAUGAGAUCGUCUCAGUUCACGUAAUUAACCCUGUUUUAUUUAUACUUUAGUCAAUGUUGCUUUAUUGAUUGAUUAUGUCUCUACUUGAUUUCUGUUACUGAAAGCCAGCUACCUUGUGACACGUCUUUUUUGGGAACUUUGCCCAUCAUCCUGAGUCCUUACGUGAGACACGAACACACGUCUGUCUCUUUUCUUUCUUUUGGCCCUUCUAAACAUAUAAAAACAGAUAAAAAGAGGCAGCCAAUUAAUGCACGUAAUGGGACACACUCCACCUCCCAAAAACGCCAGCAAGGCUCCAUUUCUAACAUGUGAGCUGCAUAUGAAGCACAUUGUUAUUAUUAUUGUUAUUAACAUUGUUACACCCAAGAACUACGUUAUUGGCGUAGUGACACCUCGCCACACCACAGCAGCUAGCUACUAGCCGGCUAGCGACUAGCUUCACCACACAUGAGCGAAAGGUAACGCUACUAUUAUUAUAUAUAUUAUAUACUGGAGCUGCGCCACUGCUGCUGUGUUUUUGUUUUUGAGUUUGGAAAAGUUAAAGGGAUAGCUCACAAAAACGCUUGGCGUUAUAUAUUUGGCUCCCGCUGUACCAUUUUUGUGAAAAAGUGUAUCUAAAAACGCAUAUUGUUUUUAGAAGCCAAACUCUUGACUUAACAGUCCCCAGCAACUAAGCGGAACUACGUUCUCCAUCACAGAAAUCUGACCACAACUGGACUUAGGAGACCAAGUGGCGGAUAAGUCGCUGUUAUUGGACUACAAUGCUGGACUACAACUUUAUGUCAAAAAACCCAACUAUCCCUUUAAGUUUAAGUUCCUGUAACGCUUAAAACUAGGGGUGCUCUGAUCCAUCAGCCGACUUCCGUGAAAAAUGACGAGAUGGGCCUUUGCCAAUAAAUGCCUUGGAGUGCCGAUCACCUGUGGCUAGCACUGUUGCAGCUCGCAGCAAUCCUUUCAUGCAGCGUAGUGUCUUGACAUACCUAACAGCAUCGUAGGUCCCACUUUCCCCACAGUAACAAUCAUGUCUGCUGUGUGGAAAUUAACCACCAACACGUGCCACGGACACUAUCUUGCAGGGGAAAAAGCUUAAAUACGCCGUUUGAAGAGCAAACAAUUGACGUAGUACGGUGAGUUUUGGAGGCUCACGGUGUGAUCAUCAGUCAUACGGCGGCUAAUCGGACGAGAUGAGCAGCCCUUGUCAGCGGUGGGAGACACGGAGUUCGCCGAGUGUUUUCUGGCGUACCUGGAAGAUCCACCGAUGUGCUCUCACCUCCAAAGUCUCCUUAAAGAAGGCGUGUCAUCCUCUGGAAGUUUCACCAGUGAUAUGUUCUCUUCAAAAGUGUUUACGUCGAAAUGAAGGUGAUUUUAUGCUUCCUUUUUCAUAUCAUAUAGCCAGAAGCAGGGGUGCAGCCAGGAGAAAAGCCACCCCUUUACUAAUUAAUUACUAAUUUUAUUAGUAAUUACCUAUAUUUUGGGUCCCCUGGCAGUCAAGGGAUGUUGGAAUUGUCCUGACUUCUCCCCUUGAUACGGCACCCCAGGCCAAUAGCACUAUUAAGGUUAGCAUUAUUAGCAUUAUAUCAGUAUUAUGUUAGUUUAAUGGCAUUUAGAGCAACAAUACUAGCUGCUGUAAUGGCUGGACAGGACAAAAAUAAGGUAUUCUAUUAGUUUUUAGCCAAAAAUUCAUCCAGUGUGACUGUGAAAUAAAUACCUGGACGCUGGACAGUGCAGGUGAAGUUGUGUUUUGUAAGGGAAUCAGGUAUACAUGAUUAAUAAUGCUGACGUACUUCAGGAUAAAUGAUCAAUGAGUUAAAAUGCAAUAGAAAAUCAGGAUGACUAGAGGGUGGUAUAGCUUGCCAUGAUGGACCAUUGCCAUGGACCAGUGCAAUCCAAACCUGCACUUUGCACCCAAUCAGGGGCGUUACGCAAAUGAAUGUGGUAUGGUAUCUUCAAUUAGGCGUUGAAACCCUCUCACCUGUACAGCCGAUGGAAGCUGGGGCUUUUAUUGGGGCGAUAGUCCUCCUGAUCCGAGCAGCAGCAACUAGCAAGAAUACACUUUUGCAACGCACACAUGUUAGGAAUGUUUGUAAAUGGUGAAAUGUGUCAAAUCAAGUCUGUGAUUUCUGUCUUAUAAAACAUGACCGACUUUAAUCUGAUACGUCAUUCACGUCUGUACCCCAAGUAUUGACGACGUUAGAGCACAUUUCAUAGCGGGAAAUAGUGCCUUUGGUUCCCGUUGCUUUUACGUUGCGAUCCACCCACGGACCUUGGCAAGUACAACCGCACUACAAAACACAUCAUAGCUUGGGCUGUGACAUUGGUUUUAAAAGCCAACAGAGUAGCCAUUUACUGUUUUUUUGAUCAGCAAAACGUCCAGGGAAGCAAAUCAAGUGUCAUAAAUGCUGCAGUGCCCAAUAAAGCGAAUGGAGUGACCAGAAGAAGAAGCGAAGCAACUAUUUCACAGGUCAUACCCGCAAACGAUGAUAGAUGGAUGUACACGUCUCCUGUAUGGAAUCUUGAGAACCCACAUCCAUGUAGUUCAAUCGUAGGGAUAUAAAUCGAUGCAUCCGUGUAGUGAAUCGUUACACGUUAAAAAUGUAUAGUUCAUCCAUGGGAUUGGUAUCUGCGUCAGCCGAUUCCAGUUCUGGAUGAUCGGUAUCAGAAUCGGCAGCAUUAACCACUGAUCGGAGCAUCCCUACUUAAAACAACCAAAGCACGGCAACAUACUACAAGUAUGAUAUGUUGUCAUGAAGGUAGCUGUUAGCACACGCUCACAGCACGCAUAGAAAACCAGAAACCCUUCUAGUCGCUUUUUGGACGUGUUUUCAUAGGCGGGAUUACUGUAGGUGUGUCCCAUCACCUGCAUUCUUAGCUGCCUCUUUUGCCCUGUUUUUAUAUCUUUAGAAGGCACAGAAAAGAGAAAGACGUGUGUUCAUGCCUCACGUAAGGAUUGUGGAUGAUUCCCCCAAAAGUGUACUUUUCUUUGAAGUGAAGAAUGGAGUCGUUUGCGACGACGUGAAAGGCGCUUGGCUUCGUGCUCAGCGCUCUGCCUUUUUUUCUUUUCUCAUGUGACUUUCCUGUCGUGACAAGCAGGCCAGUUGCUUGGGUCUAAUAUUUACUUUUGCAAUCUAAAUAAAGUUUAACCCUUUGAA